CGUGUUAUGUUGUGUGUGUUUUGUAUGUUGUAACCCCUGCUAGCCCGGGAAUGGAUCAUGCUAAUGUUUGGGGUGGGGCUAGAGGUUUAUAAGGGGGAUUUUUCUUUCUUGGUUUUUUUUUUCCCCUUUCCUUUGGGUAGAGGACAAUGGUCGUGUCUAUGUGGCCUUGCGGCCACCGACACUAGCUGGCUGCUGGAUGCCGGUGGAGACCAGCCAGAACUGCAUGGAUUGGUGCAGGCCGAUCAGUUCUGGAUUUAUUUGGUUUAUUUAUUUUCUCUUUGCUCAGCGUUUUUGCUUUUCUACUUGUAUCAUCUCUACUUGGAAAUAAGUGCUCAAGUGUGCAUCUGGCUCUUGGAGUCUGAUCCGAUUUUUGUAAGGUAAAAUCCAUGCUCACGCCAACACUACCAAAAUGGAAGAAAUCCCCUUAACAUUCCCACAGGUAUCCUUUUUUAAGGAAGAAGAUUGUAUUACCAUGCUGCUAUUGGUUCUAGUGCUCCCCCUGGUGGUGCAGUCGGCCCCUGCCUAUCUGCCUCAGGACUGUGAAGAUGUUUACAGUAAUAUCUCUCAGAACACUGGUGUCUACACCAUCUACCCAGGAGGCCCUGAUAAACCAGUGCAGGUUUACUGUGACAUGGGCUGUGAUGAAGACCGCGGGAGGUGGACAGUGAUUCAGAGGAGAAUGGAUGGCAGUGUGAACUUCUACAGACCCUGGGAUGAGUACAAGAACGGCUUUGGGAAUGCAAGCGGUGAAUACUGGCUAGGUCUGCAGAACAUCUUCCUUAUUACCACAAGAGGUAAAUAUGAGAUGAGAAUUUACAUGGAGGAUUUUGAUAAAGGGAGCGUUUACGCCCAUUACACCUCUUUCUUCAUCGAUUCCGAGACAUACAGGUACAAGCUGCACUGCUCUGGUUUCAUCAAUGGAGGAGCAGGGGAAUCGCUGUUCUAUCACAACAACAUGGAGUUUGCAACUUAUGAUAGAGACACCAAUGGCUGCGCAGUCAGCAGUUCUGGAGGAUACUGGUUCAACAACUGCCUCGUGUCCAACCUUAAUGGCCUGUACAAGUGGGGACCUUCAGCUCCACAAAAUGCAGCAAUUGUUUGGUGCUCCUGGAAAGGCUGUAAUUACUCUCUCAGGACUGUAGUGAUGAAGAUAAAACGAGCAGCUUAAGAUCAUGUCUAAUGAAUAGCUUACAGCUGAAGCCAUAUCAUGUCAAUACUGUUACAAGAAAUUCUGUUCUCUCAAAUAGAAACUGAAAAGCUUUUGGGUUUUACUAGAUGUGUGGUAGUUAUCUAUAUCUAUCAAUAAUCAAAUGAUUUACAUUUUACAUUUACAGCAUUUAGCAGACACUCUUAUACAGAGCAACUUACAAGAAGAUGCUUACAUGAUGCUACAGGGUUACAAAUUAUAACUUCUUUUUAAUGCAUUGGUGGCUGUUUACAGUAUAUGUUUUAAUUUUUGUCUCGUUUUUCUUUUUAAAGAAUUUGAAUAAAAGGCUAUAAAGAA